GAUGAGAACAAGUCUUCGUCUUUGCCAUCAGUGCUACCAAAUGUGUUCAAACAAAAGAGUCUUUCAGGAUUUGACUCCAAGUCGGAGACAGAAACAAUCCCAUUUGCACAAGAGGAAGUUAAAACAGAGUUUAUGCAAAAGAAAGGACGUGAAAGUUUUCCUGAAAGUGCAAAGAAAGAACAUAUGUAUGUAUCCGAGGUUGAACUUGAUUCUCUCUCUUGUAAAGCAGCCAAGUUACAGCCUGCAGUGACCGUGAAGGAGCCAAAUAUGGUACAAUUGCACUCAAGUCUCUUUCAAUAUUCAAUGAUUCCUGGCAUUCCAUCCAUUCAUCAGUCAGUGGAAGCUCUUGUAGCAUGGUCUGCUACUGAUAUGAAUGUAUUGGUCCAGCCAUUACCCAGCAAGAGACUGCCUUUGAUAAUCUAUUCAGACUGUGAUAGUGACACAAAUAUGAUCAAACUAAUGGUGGCCAUGUUGCCAACAAGUCAGAGAACUAUUGCUGCAAGCAAUUCUGGUAUGGCAAGUCUUCUAUCUGGGUGUCCAGAAGACACAGUGAUUGCAGGUAUGCCAUGUAAACGAAGUGUCAGUGCUCAUGAAGACAGCUGGCUAUGUUUAAACAAGUCAAUUUCACACAAACCAAGGAGGCCUAAAUGUGUUGUACACCCGCAACAUUCAUGGAAGGCAUUGACAGGAGGCACAGCCAUGGUACACAUGUUAUCUUCUUGUCCUAACAAGGCUUGUACCUAUGGUCUACCUUCUGUUCCAUGUGGCAGUGCCAGCAUGGUUAACUUUGUGACUACUUUUCCAAGAAAAUGCAAAAUUAUUGGUUUUCCUUCCAAGGAUCCAUCCAUUCAUGUUGAAAGUAAAGCUUGGAGAUUGGAUAAUAGUUUGUGUGAGCAGCUCUCAAGAAAGGCAAGUGUGGUGAUUCCAGAGUUUAAGGUGACCAGGUUCCCAUGCCCAGACAAUGCCAAGCUGUUGCCGUCUUGCCCUCACAAAGCCAGAAUAGUUGGCUUUCCAUCAGCGCAUCACACAUAUGCUAUGAACCAUCUGCUUCCAACAUAUCCAAGACAAUCAAGUGUCAGUGGUAUUCCCUCCGGAUUCCACAGUGGGUCUCAAUGGAAUGUUGACAAGAGUUCAAUUUGGGAAAAAAUAUUGGAAAAGCCAGGAACGAUUUCAUCAAUACAAAAGUAUACGAUAUCUUUAAAAAAUGAAGCACUUCAUGCAUUGAUGGUAUCAAUGCUGCCCUCUUGUCCCAAAUACUCUACAGUUUAUGGAAUUCCCAUUAAGGUUGACAAAAGACAAGAAGACACUACCAACAUGUUUAAAUCCAAUAACACUUUCCUAAAACAUACUCAGAUUCCAGGUUUGUCAGUAAAGGAAAUUGCAUUAGAAGAAGGUAACAGUUGGAAUGUGAACACAGGGUCACUCUGUAAAAAAAAUGUCAUUAGGCAGUUGAAAUUUGUCUCUCCACUUUCUCCACUGGAUAAGAUGUCUUCCAACAAUGGAGAACGGAUGCUCUCUAAGUUUCCAUCCUGUCCCCAAGAAGCACGCAGCUUUGGAUUCCCCACUGCAGAGCGCCAACACAAUGAGAACAUGGUGUAUAUGCUGUCAUGUUGCCCAACAUGGUCAAAGAUUGCAGGAUUCCCCUCAAAAGAGGUGACAACUGCUGUUCACAACAUCGCCACUCUCUGGGAAAUGUUUUCGAAACUGCAACAUUGUACACCUAAAAAAAUAUCAAGGACAAUCCUUUCCCUCCAACCUACUGCUGACUGGAUGCGAUCCCCAAAGGAAAUGCUUCCAAAUAUGGUCAAUAUUUUGCCAACUUGUCCAAAGAAAUCUUCUGUCAUGGGGAUGCCAUCAAUAAAUGCACACUGUUUAGUACAAGAACUUCCAAUACCUAUUGAAAUUGAAUCACCUCCGGGGACGAUUAAAGAUGAACACGGUUUGAUGAAGGUGCGAGUUGAGGAACAAGUAACUGCUCUAAACGCAGGAAUGCCACCUUUAACCACUGAAAUGUUGGCCUGUGCCACAUACAGAGAUGACAGUGGGGUUUUACUGCAGCCGGCUUCCCAAAUGGAUAUUGAUGCAUCAGUAUUACCAUCCAGCCACAUGACUAGUUGUGGACAUAAUAUGCAAGAAGAAUAUGCUCUAUGUGAGCAUCUAGCAAAACCAUCAACAGCCAAAAGAAAAAUGGGAAUAAAUGAAGACAUUGUUCAUCCACUUCCAUCUUUGUCUCACACUGAUGAAAAAGUGAUCCCUAAGUUCUCAAAGAAUUAUACAAAUCUGAAUCAAUCAGAUGUUGUUGAACAAAUGGAACUGACUCCAAAUGUUCCAUGUUUGAUGAAGACUGUGAUAGAGUACCAACCAGCCAUUCUCCUGGGGACUUACCCCAAGACAACAGAGAUCCCCGGCAUGCCGUCAAAGCUGGGCUUUACAAACAAAGUGUGGCCAAUCCAAAAGUGGCAACAUUGGGCAAAAAUAUCUAAAAAGCGGGAUGAGGAAGUUUUCCAGCCAUAUGCAUACAAAGACAUUAAAAAGAAUAAGGAAAUGGUUUUACUGGUGCCAACUUGUCCUGCAAAAGCCAGACAUCCUGGAUUCCCAUAUGUAAAACAACAUGAAAGUAUUGUGGAUCUUUACCCCUGUUGCCCAAGAGUUUCCUCUAUCGCUGGUACACCAUCUCUUUGUCAGGCCAAUGAUAGAUCUUGGUUAUCUCAGCCUACGACACUUUUGGAGAAGACCACCAGGACUGUGAUGGUGAAAGAUUUUCCUAUCAAAGAUGUAAUUGAAUCCAUGGUAUUAUCAACCCUAGCUUGUCCAAAACAGGCUUGUAUUUUUGGGAUUCCAUCUGCUUUGACACCUACUAUAAUGUUUAGUGGCUUGAGUGAGAUCAACAUUCUUCCAUCCUGUGCAUCGACUUCCAGCGUGGCUGGUUGGCCGUCUUUGCUUACAGCUGACAGCAAAGACUGGGAUCCAAAAGGAAUAAGUCAUUCUUUAUGGAAGAGAGCACAUUUUUUGGAGUCUGGCUUAUUACAAGAGAAAAGCAACUUACUAAAAUAUCUGAAAGUAGACAUUUCUCUUCUCCAGUGUUGCUCAAGAAAAUCCUGCAUCCCUGGUUUUCCUUCUGCGCAAAAAGUCACACUAACUGACUCAAACAUGGUUAGUCUUGCAAGAUCAUGCCCCAAAACAUCAGAAAUAGCAGGAUUUCCUUCAUUGGAUCAUCCAGAAGAAUGCAUAGUUAACCGAGAGCAACUCUUUAAACCAAGAAUGUGUGAAAAGCAUUUGCUGUUGAUGAGAAGCUUUCCCAAGGACAAGAUAAAUAUGAAAACAAUGUAUUUCCUUGUGCCAUCCUGUCCAAAAAAGGCACAGACACCAGGAUUUCCUUCUCAUCCAAAUCCACCAAAUGCAUAUUGUGCUCCCAAUAUGAUCAGCCUUUACACGCUGUGCUGUCAUGUUUCAAACAUAGCUGGAUUUGCAUCAGUGUAUGGAAGUGACAAUAACAGGUGGUUGAUUGAAAAGGUGGCACUGCCAAAGAGGGCACCCAGGAUGGCCCUAAUACGUGACAUAACAAAUGACUACAAGAAGCAAAUGAAAAGUAUGGUUUUCCUUGUACCUACCUGUCCUAAAGUAUCAUCUAUAACUGGCCUUCCAUCUAAUCCACAUACUAGUGUUGUGCAUUUUGGACCAAAUAUUGUUAACCUCAUUCCUCUGUGCCCAAUAGUUUCCACCAUUCUUGGAUUCUCCUCAAUUGAAAAGACAAAUGAAGAAAGAUGGGUCUUUGAACAGGGUUCAUUGGUGCACAAACUGCAAAAGAAUAUGGUUUUAGAGAUUAACAGCUUGCCAGUUCACCUCGCUAAAGUCAACAUGUUUGCCAUUGCACCGUCUUGUCCCCCAGUUUCAAGGAUCGAAGGAUUUCCAUCAGUACCUCAAAGCAAAGCCAAUAUGAUCAGUUUGCGAGCUUGCUGCCCAAAGGCUUCAUGCGCAAAAGGAUUUGCAUCCAUCACUACCGGCCCAGUGACAAGGUGGGUGAAUGAAACCAAGCCCAUAGUAAUCACAACUAACAGGGAAAAGGCAGAGCACAUUUUUAAUCUUUCUGGACACAAAAACAGCCAGAACAACAAAGUGAGAAUGCUCACUUCGUGCCCUAAAAAGGCCAUAGUCCAUGGCUUUCCAUCUGCUCAUAUAGUUAACAAAGCACCAGAUAUGAUGAGCUUAUACACAUUAGCUCCAUGCGUUUCUCGUGUCCCAGGAUUCCCAUCAGCUAGGAUGCUUAGCUUUGACGUUCGUACACAUAACCAUUCUUCCAUUUUGUUAGUGGAGCAGAAGAAUGAGAAAAAGAGGAUUACCAUUGCCAGUUAUGCAUCAGAAAGUCAUAAUUAUAGACCAGAGAAAAUUAUGCAAAUGCUAUCACUAGCUUCAUCAAGUCCACAUCACACUAGAAUUCAUGGCUGUCCCAGUAACUCCAUCUUGGAUUCAACAUGGAGGGAAAGUGGACAUGAAGAAAAUGAGUCAUACGAAGAAACCCAACGUGUUGCAUAUGAGGAAAGAUUCCGAGGCACUACAAGUCAAAGCAUGGGUUCAUUAUAUGCUAACGGCAUCACAAAAGGAGUAAAAACACAACAGAAACAAAUAGAUACAUCAGAGCCAGAGGGAAUCUCAGGCUGGGAAGUAUUGGAGCUAGAAGGAACAUUGACUGGAAAACAGACAGAAUCUUCCUUAUCAGCCAGAGAGGAUGAUACUUCAGGAUUAGUACACGCUAUUGUGGGUGUUCUCAAUAAAGGUUAUGAAACCGUAGCGUCCAUGUUGGGGCCGUCCAGCUCUGCUGUGGAUGAAAGUCCUCUACAAAGGAAAGCUUUGACUGUGAUGCCUUCGCAUGAUGAGGUGUCACAACAGUGUUUUGUCGACACAAGAAGCACACAUGAGCUUGUUCCUGUUUAUGGCCACUUUGAGGACUGUGGACCAUGUCCUUCUGCUGAGAAACCACUACGAAAUGAAGUGGUGCCUCCAUCACCAAGUGCACACAGUGAUGAUGGCUUUUUGAUGUGUGUAACUAUGAAGGAAUUGCCACCAUUGACUGAGGAAAACUUGGCUGGGAUGUCAGUGGAGGAUAGAAUUAAAAACAAUCAAUGUUCUACAAAUGACCACGACUUACCAGUGUCCACUGAAUGUCUGUUAGUCAGUCACCAGACUGCUAGUGAUCUUCCAACACUGUCCAAACUGGAUAUAGGCUCUCAAAAAGCAAGUUGUGAUGAAAACACCCUACAUCCUUCAUUAAGUCCAUUAUUGGCUGGAAUUCUCAAUGACGCAACCUCAGAUGAUGAGAAUUUUUGUACAGUUAUUUCUCAGAUGAACACAACUGUGGAAGACAUUCAACAAAGAGAGUGUGAAAUAGAACGGCCAGAGCACAAGCAGAAAAUGGAUGGUCUGUCGGAGGUUGUUCAAACCCAGUCUCGUGCAAUAACAUCCACACCACCCGCCACAUACUUUUCUGUUUCUUCUGGUAGAAGCCCACCUGUAGAUUUGGCUGAAUGUGUCCAUCAACAACAAUUUGAUAUUGAAAGUGUUGACGGUAGUUUGCCUCAGAAAAGGGUCCCAAGCAAGCCUGUGAGAAGAAAAGACAGUGUCACCACUGAAACAGCUAACAAUGAAGUGCUUCCUACUACACUUGGAAACAUCAAACAAGGUUAUUGUGAAUCGGAUGUCCUACAGACAGACACAGAAAAGGAAGAGAUUACUCCAUCUGUCCAGGGUCAAGGGUCUUUCUCUUCCAAAAAUAAGGAACUUCAAUACGUCGCACCAAAACAAGAGCAGCUUUAUAUCAAGCAACAUGAGUCCUUCUCCAUCAUCAAAAUGAUUGGUCUUAAACAAAGUGGCAGGAAAUGUCAACCCAUCCCAAAGCCUCGUGCCAGGAAAUGUUUGAGUGGCUUUUUCUCAAAUGACAUCACAUUAGCAGAUCAUGGAAAACCUCAGGCUACAGGAGAUGAAGCCUAUAAAUCAAAAGCGGAAGUGUCAGUGGUGCACUUGAGGAAAAGCAGACCACAAGAAGUAGACAGUACAUCAGGACCCUCAAUAUUUCCUAUACCAAAACCAAGGAUCAAGAAUCGUCUUAGUGCUUCAUUUUCAGAUGAGACGACACUUUCUUCCUCGUUCGACGCAGCGGCUGACAUCUCUGGAAGACAACUUGACCUAGACCAACACGACCAGUCAAGAUGGCCUGUUCCGCUGCCCAGAGCUAAAAAAUGCACACCACCUGCAGAAACCUUGUGUCCCUCAUCAGCUUCUGAAGCCUCAACAAAGAAAGCAAGUGUAGUUGGAUCAACAUUGCAUGAUCCAAAAUAUGUGUUUACAUUUAAAGAGGGGCGUGGAGAAGAAUACCAACAUACUGUCUCUGGUGUGGUCCAUGGCUGCAAGCCAAGCAUGAACAUCUCUUCGUUGACCUCCUCUGAGGAUGACAUAUUGCACCAUAAAGACAGUGAGUCAGUUAAGUCCAAGAAAAAAGUGAAGACUGAAGACUUUGUGUCUGUACAUGUUGAUAGGGACACUUUGCACUUAAGGGACAGCAAUGCAGAACAAAUUUUGACUCCAGCAAAACUUCAGGAUGGCUCGGCCUCUCCAGAAAAUGUUUCUGGCACUCCUAGCUUGGUAAAAUCCAGUCAGUCUCUACUGGAGUGGUGCAAGGAAAUCACUCAGGGUCACAAAGGGCUAAGGAUCACCAACUUCAGCACCUCGUGGAGGAAUGGUCUGGCUUUCUGUGCCAUUUUGCAUCACUUUCACCCUGAGAAGAUUAAUUAUGAACUACUAGACCCAUAUGACAUCAAGCACAACAACAAAAAGGCAUUUGACGGUUUUGCUGAGCUCGGCAUUUCCAGAUUGAUGGAGCCAUCAGACAUGGUCAUGCUGCAAGUGCCUGAUCGUCUCAUUGUCAUGACGUACCUCAGCCAGAUUCACGCUCAUUUCAUGGGCCAGGAGCUUAGCGUGCUUCACAUUGACAAAGACGCCACUGAGUCUAGCUAUGCACUAACUGCGGAGCGGGAAGUCCAAGAGGACACAGAAGCGACCGUACGCUACUGUGCCCAGAGGCUUCAGGAGGAAGGCAUCACUUUGGAGACCAACGGCUCCACCAGCUCAACCGAACAAGAUCAAAGCAAUAUGGAUGUUCCUCCAACGCCCAGAAGCCAAUGCCCACAAGUGUUGUCUGGGGGCUGUGACUCCCCAUCACCCGUCGUACCGCCGAGGACUCACUUCCUGUCUAAGUCUACUUUUUCUCACGUUAAAGAUGCAGAUUUACUCAGGAAACGCAGGUCUCAGAGGAGGAGCGCGUCUCAAGAGGACGCACACUCUUCAACGGCUAUUGCUGAGAAAGAAGACAGUGAAGGCACUACAACAGAAAUGAUAGUGUCAACAGUGGCUGAGGAGGGAAGGCCAGAAGGAAAGGACCCCAGCCAGUAUGUUUUAAGUCAAAUGGAAGCCCUGGAAGCAGAACAAAACCACAUAGAUAGCAGAGCUGCAGUUGUGGAGAGGAGUCUAAGACAACUCAUGGACACAAGCAGUGACAAGGUGCGAGAGGAGCGACUUAUUCAAGAAUGGUUCACACUGGUCAACAAAAAGAAUGCAUUGAUAAGACGACAGGAUCAUCUGCAGCUGCUGCUGGAGGAACAUGAUUUGGAAAGAAGGUUUGAGCUGUUAACCGAAGAGCUGCGAGACAUAAUGGCCCUUGAAGAGUGGCAGAAGACAUUGGCCCACAAGCACAGGGAGCAGCUGCUGCUCCAGGAACUGGUGUCACUGGUCAACCAGAGAGACCAGCUGGUCCACUGUAUGGACGCCAAGGAGAGAGGUGCUCUUGAGGAAGACGAGCGCUUGGAACGAGGCCUGGAGCAGCGCAGGAGGAAGUACGCCCAGCAGCAGCAGGACAAGUGUGUGAUCCAGUGAUCUGUGGGUGGGUCCAUCUGGCAAUUUGCUGUCAUAUUGCUGCCUCUGGGUCCAUGUGGCAAUUUGCUCUCAUAUUGCUGCCUCUUUGCUCCUGUCUUCAUGACUACGGAUUGACAUUCUUUUAGGAUGAGUUUUUUUUCAUGUGUUGUUGUUGGGAAGUGCCUUUUAAGACCGUGAACAAGUGACUCCAUUUUUAAAUGUACAGUUUUAUCCUUUAACUUUCUGUAAGUCCUUUUAGUGCCAAUACACCCACACAAGAGUGGAGAAGCCUAGUAUACAACUUACAACGAAACAUUGCAUGUAACCUCUCUUGCAAAAGCCAGCAUAAUUAACAGUGUCCUUACAGGAAUAUUGCUGCUUCAUAAUUUUUGAAUCAAUGAUUGGAUGCCUGUAGUUAAGCGUAAUCACCAAUUGAUGGCGCCAAACGCCACGUUUUCUUUUAAGGGACAUGUUUUGUUGGAAAAGAUUAUUAUACAAUGACUUACAUUUCCAUUAAUAAGCUAAAAACCUAUAUUUGAUUACGUUAACCUAAAAAGUGUAUACCCAAAGUACAUUAACUGUUACAUAAUAUAUAUUUAAAGCUUUAUUUUUAUUGUGCCUUGUCACUGUAAAGUGAAAAUGGAUGUCUUUCCUUUUUAAUGUGCCUUUUUAUUACUAGAUAUCGGCUAAAACAACCUUGCAUCCAUUUUUUUUCCAGUUUGUAAUUGUCUAUUCAUGGUUUUGGGAGCCUUUUGUAGGCGCAGAUUGUGCAAAGACCAAGCGUUAACACAUUUUAGGUUUAUUAUGUUACCAUCGACAGCAGCCUAAAUCACUUUCACAGCUGCAAACAGGAGGAUAAGGGCAAGGAAUGCCGUAUUUAAGUAAUCUUUAAUUUAUUGCUUUCAUUUAAGAUUUUACUAUUUAUUCAAUUUGUUGCCUGCAGACGUGUCUUUUUUUUCCUCCGAACCCAAAUUAUGCACUUCUUUCUUAUUGCUGCAUUGCACCUUAAAACAUGACAUAGGAACUGCAGUCGUACAAAUGAUGUACUGCAUGUAUGAAACAUUUGGCAAGCAUCUGGAAAUGCAAGUUAUACCUACAUACAAGUCAGGAUGCUUGAAAAUAGGACUAAUUUUGAAUGAAAGAAGUAUUCCUUAUUGUCAAAAGUUUUUUGCAGUUAUGCUUGUUGUUCAAAAGAAUGCUGACUGUUACUUUCAGGUUGUUUUAAUCCUUUAUAUGCACAUUUUGUCACGUUUGGAAAAUAUUUCAGUGCCUGCACAACUGCAAAUUGUUUGCAUUAAAUAUAUCUAUUUUAGUGUGA